AAAGACAGUGACUAUCCCUGUGCAAAAUCAGGAGAAAGCUACCAUGCAAGAGAAUGUUCUAAAUGAAACAAUGUUAUCAGAGAAUGCAGGUCCUGACACCUCACAUCAAAGUUCUGGACUGGACAUUGUGAUCAAGAAGGAACGCGAUACAAGCAGUGAAACGAUCAUGCAUGAUACAGAGCCAAAUGAUCUCGAAUUGGAUUCAGACCAAAUACAACUUCUUUGUAAUAUACCCAGUCCAUGCUCACGAACACUGCCCUCAUCCGAAACCCCCCUACCACAAAUGAAUAGCACAGAUGGAUGUCGCAUUAAAGAAGAAGAUGUUGCAAUGACGACUGUGGAUAAAGCAGCUAGAGCUUGUCAUGAUGAGCUUAAUAUGGACACUCCUACAUUCAGUACGCAGGUGCAAAAUACAAGUAGUUCAUUGUAUACCUCUUACUCAGAGUCGCCUGUUAAAAGCAAUACACCCAGAGAGGAAGCACAUUCGGCUUCUUGUCAUCUGCCUCCAUACCAUGGUGACGUACAUAUAGAAAUGGAAUGCCAUGUGUCUGAGGAUGAUCAAACCGGGCAAAUUUCUCUCCCUUCAAACCCGGAUCAACCUGAACACUAUACUGAUGACAGGGAGACUGAUUCCAUCAACAGUGGACAUCAGCAAAGUGAAAAAGAAAGUAGUGGGGAAACACCUUUGGCUUCUUGUCAACCGACUCCAGACCAGGAUUGUAAGAACAUGUCGUCCCUUCGUCCUGACAAUGUCUCACAUAUCGGUUCUAAACGCUAUGUGUGCGAAUUAGAAACAUCAUUCGUAAAAAGCUCCUCCAAGCACAGAAAACGUAGUAAAGAAGAAAAACCGUUCAUGUGCGGCGAAUGUGGUUACAGGGCAUACCGCAAAUGUCGUCUUGUCGAACACAUGAGAACACACACUGGCGAGAAACCGUUCAAGUGUAAUCACUGCAACUACAAGACGUCCUUUAAACAAGAGUUAUCCUAUCAUAUGAAAAGACACCCAGACGCAGAACCUUACAGAUGUGAAAUCUGUGACUACAAGACCUACCGAAAGCCAUGCAUUGAGAAGCACAUAAUGUGCCACUCUGGUGUGAAACCCUACAAAUGUAAGGAUUGUGACUACAGUACAAGUAACAAUAGCCAUCUUUCUAGACACAGGAGGCGUCACACCGGUGAGAAACCCUAUAGUUGUCAAGAGUGUGACUAUAAGUCUGUAGAUAAGUCCAACUUCGUCAGGCAUAUGAGAAAGAAACACCAGUGAAAUUACUGUCAGUUAGCAACCAGAAAUAACGUGAUGCAUAAUUUUUGUUUCUAUUGUUCACUUAUUACCUUUUUCCUAAAUAGAAACUAGACACAAAAUGUGAGCAUUUGUCUA